CAAACACGUCAUGUGUCCUUAACCUAACAUUUGUUUAUUCAAUUUUCUUUCUAAAAAUGUCCAGCCUAAGAACACAAAUGCGUUAUUUGAAUCCCUAUGAUAUUCACAAACUUCUUAUAAACGAAUAUGUGCUGAAUAGACCUGGUGAUACUUCAAAAUUGAAACGAGACAAGUCUGGGGAUAGAAAUGACUAUCAUGUUAUAAAAGAAAACCACAAAUUCCUCUGGGAGGAAGAUGAUGAGACGGAUUCAUGGGAACAGCAAUUUGCAAAGAGAUAUUAUGACAAACUAUUCAAGGAGUAUUGUAUUGGAGAUCUCAGCCUUUAUAAAGAGAACAAGAUAGCACUCCGGUGGAGAGUUGAAAAAGAAGUUGUCAGUGGAAAAGGACAAUUUUCUUGUGGAAAUAAGAAAUGUCUCCAAGAGGAUGGUUUGAGGACAUGGGAGGUGAAUUUUGGAUAUACAGAAAAGGGAGAGAAGAAAAAUGCCCUGGUAAAAAUCAGACUGUGUAGUGAGUGUUCAAAAAAACUCAAUUAUCACAGUAAAAAAAGGGAAGUCAAACGUCUGAAGAAAAAUAAACAUGGCAAAAGCAACAAAAAACAUAGUGAAGAGACAUACACCUCUGGAGGUGCCAGUACUAGUGAUGCUGUGGAAAAAACUGUAAAUGAAGAAUCUAGUAGAGAUGAAGAAAUAAUGGAAGAUGAACACAAUGAACAAAAACAGAUUCCUGAAUCACCUUGGGAUAAUCACAAACCUGUUGAAUGUAAAACAAGAGAGGAAGAAAUGGAUGAAUAUUUGCAGGACUUGCUACUUUAAUUGCCUGAUAAUUUUUAUGCUGUAUGUUCAAUUAUUCUGACAACUCCUUCAUAUUAAAAAAAAAUCAAUAAAUCAGAGUACAGGGUACAUAAUAUAGAAAUAUGGAUCAAUGUAAAAUACAGUAAUAAAACUCUAAUACCAUUACAAUCUGAAUAUUAU